AUGUUUGACUCCCAAGGUUUCAAGUCCGCGCCCGUCGCUCCCACAUCUUCCCAAAUCGCAACCUCGACUCAGCGAAUCACCAUCCUCACUGAUGGCUUGAUCCGCUUCGAGUCCGCCCCUGAUGGCAAGUUCGAAGACCGUGCCUCUACCUUUGCAAUCAACCGGGAUCUCCCCACGCCCAAGUUUGAGGUCCUGAAGCGAGGCAAGGGGAUCGAGGUCUUGACGGAUCGGUUCCUGCUCAGGUGGACAGGCGAGGAGUUCUCCCCUUCCAGCGUUAUAGUGUCGCUGCGGCAGGCUGGUGAGGGCUGGACGCAUAUAUGGCAGUAUGGCGAGCGGCACGAGAAGAUGACCAACCUCGGUGGGACUUACCGAACGCUCGACGGGGUCGACGGGAGGUGUGAUCUGGGAGAUGGGAUCUUAUCUCAGUAUGGCUUUGCAGAGGUAGAUGACUCUGGAUCGAUGAUCUUUACCGAUGACGGGUGGGUCGCUGGGCGGGAUUCCGAGAGGAAGGAUAUCUACCUCUUUGCGUACGGUCUAGACUAUCGUGCGGCAUUGAAGGCGUUCUAUAUGGUCUCCGGCAAGACCCCUCUGGUGCCUCGCUGGGCUCUGGGGAACUGGUGGUCCCGAUACUAUGCCUACUCGGACAAGGAGUAUCUGGGUCUGAUGGAUCGCUUCAAGGCUGAGAAGAUUCCUCUCUCCGUGGCUGUGCUUGACAUCGACUGGCACAAGAUCGACGUUCCGAAAGGCUUUGGGACUGGCUGGACUGGGUACACCUGGGACACAGACCUCUUCCCGGACCACGUCAACUUCCUCGAGCAGCUGCACGAUCGCGAGCUCAAGAUCACGCUCAACACCCACCCGGCAGACGGGGUCCGCUCGUUCGAGAAGCCGUAUGAGGAGAUGUGCAAGGCGGUCCAGCGGGAUGCGAACGGGACUCCCGUCCCAUUCGAACCCACCAACAAGGCCUUCUUCGAGGCGUACUUCAAGACUCUACACCACCCGCUCGAAGACGAAGGGGUCGACUUUUGGUGGUUGGACUGGCAGCAAGGCCCAUUCUCCGAGACCACCGGUAUCGACCCGCUGUGGAUGCUCAACCACUAUCAUUACCUCGACUCGGGCCGAAAGGGAGACAGGCAGUUCACCUUCUCGCGCUAUGCCGGGCCGGGGAGUCACCGAUACCCCAUCGGCUUCUCAGGGGACACCAUCAUCAGCUGGGAAUCUCUCAAGUUCCAGCCUGAAUUCACGGCUACCGCCUCCAAUAUCGGAUACGGUCUCUGGUCGCACGAUAUCGGCGGACACUUUCACGGCACGCACGACAAUGACCUCAUGGCGCGCUGGACGCAGCUCGGCGUCUUCUCCCCCAUCCUCCGCCUCCACUCGUCCGCGUCAGCCUUCAACACACGCGAGCCCUGGGUGUACUCGACCGAGGCCCAACGAGUCAUCACCUCUGCGCUGCAGUUCCGGCACCGUCUCAUUCCCUACCUCUACUCGUGCGCCGUCAUGGCUGCGACCGAGUAUCGCAGCAUCGUCGAGCCGGUGUACUAUGACUACCCCGAGACAUCCGAGGCGUACGCGUACAAGACGCAGUUCACCUUCGGUCCGAGCCUGCUGGUUCUGCCGAUCGUCUCGCCGACGUCCGAGGAGGUGCAGCUGGGCAAGGCGGAGGGGUGGUUGCCGCCAGGGCGGUGGGUCGACAUCUUCACCCAGACGGUGUAUGAUGGGGACAGGGUGGUCUCGCUCUUCCGGCCCUUGGAGCAGUAUCCCGCUCUGGCGAAAGAGGGCGCGAUCAUUCCUCUGGACGCCAGGGAUGGGAAGGACAUCCAGAACGGGACGGCCGCGCCCGAGGCGGUCGAGGUUGUACUGGUCGUAGGGAAAGAUGGCGAGUUUGAUCUGGUGGAGGAUGACGGGAAGGAGACGGAGGCGGACGAUGUCAAGUUCUCGCGGACGCCGCUUCGAUACGACCAGGCGUCCGGGCAUCUCACUAUCGGUCCAUGCGAGAACCCCUUGGCCAGCCAUCGUACCUGGUCCCUGCGCCUACUCUCGUGCAGCCCGGCUUCGGUGUCCAUCUCGGUCGACGGUCAGUCCACCCCGGGCAAGGUGGCCGACGGUAUCAUCAGUAUCGGCCGACACGGCGUCAGCUCUAGCAUCAUCGUCAGCCUCGGCUCCAACCCCUCGCUCCAGAUCAUCGACCACAAACCGGAAAUCUUUCGGGUCCUCCAAAAGGCGCAGGUCGGGAUCGAUGUCAAGGGCUCGGCCUGGGCGGCGGUCCAAAAACUCGGAGAGGAAAGCAUUAGCAAGGUUCUGGGGCGGCUCAAGCUCGUCGGGCUGCAUGCGGACGUGAGGGAAGCAGUCGAGGAGCUGCUGCUUGCGGAUCAGAGGUGA